GGUGAAAAAGGCUUUCCUGGUGCUCCAGGUCCACCUGGUCAUAGAGGCUUUCCUGGUCCAGAAGGGCCUCCAGGGCCACAGGGCCCAAAGGGUUCUCCAGGGCUUACAGGCUUAGUUGGACCCAAAGGUAUACGAGGACUCCCGGGAAUACCUGGCUUUUCAGGUCCCCCAGGCCUUCCAGGUGAACCAGGAACUGUUGGUCCUCCUGGGCGCCCGGGUGUUCCAGGAUGCAACGGCACAAAGGGUGACCAAGGCUUUCCAGGCCCCCCAGGCAGAAGAGGUCCUCCAGGCGUUGCCGGUGUUGCUGGCAUCAAAGGAGAGAAGGGGUGUGCUGCAGAUGGAUAUUACCAAGAGUAUGGUGCGAAAGGUGAUCCUGGAUUGCCGGGAAUGCCUGGGCUUCAGGGUGCCCAGGGUGCUCAAGGAUAUCCUGGGGAACUUGGACCACCGGGCCCUCCGGGAGCUUUAGGUCUUAUGGGACUGAAAGUAAUAGGAACCAAAGGAAGAAAGGGUGACACUGGGUUAACUGGACCCCCUGGGCCACCAGGAACUGUUAUCGUAACGCUAAGUGGACCAGACAACAUGACGGACUUGAAAGGAGAGAAAGGAGAAAAAGGAUCAAGAGGACUUCCUGGGCCAAUGGGGUUUACAGGGCCAGUUGGUGAUUCUCAAAGUGAAAAGGGAGACCGAGGAGAACCUGGGGCCCAGGGUAAACCUGGAAAAGAUGGUGCCCCGGGUCCACCUGGCUUACCGGGACAAAAGGGUGAACAGGGCAAACCGGGACUGACUGGCAGGCAAGGAGCUAAGACGGAGUAUUAUGAUAUUGUGGUUGGUGAAAAAGGAGAUGAAGGACCCCCCGGACCUCCAGGACCAAAAGGUCAACGUGGCAUGCCUGGGCCACAGGGUCCUGCUGGAGUUCCUGGUAGACCAGGUGUGACAAGACCUGGUCUGAGAGGCCCCCCUGGAUUUCCUGGGCCAAGAGGAAUAAAAGGAGAGAAAGGACAAUCUGGCGUGUGUAUUGUAGGCCCUCCAGGGCUGCCUGGUGUCGCUGGCAGGCCUGGGUCUGUUGGAUUACCAGGUCCUCCAGGAGAACCAGGCGGGGUAACAUUUAGAACAGGCUCACCAGGACUUCCUGGAGAGCCAGGGCGUACAGGACCUCCAGGACCUCCAGGAGAUGUCGGCAUGAAAGGUGAAGAAGCUUACGUGUGUACUGAGUGCAGCUACGUUGCAGGAGUACCUGGUUUUCCUGGUUCUCCUGGGCCACAGGGCCAGGUAGAGAAGGAACAGCAGGUCCAAAAGGUUCUCCAGGCUCGCCAGGAGCACCAGGGUUUCCAGGAGCUCAAGGACCUCCAGGGUUUAGAGGAGAUCAAGGUCGUAAAGGAUCAAAAGGUGAGCCAGGAUAUGUGUAUCCAGAAGGGCCGAAAGGUGAGCGAGGAGAUCCAGGGGCCAGGGGAGACAGAGGAAGAAAAGGUUCAAGUGGAUUUCUGGGAAGACCUGGCUCUAAAGGAUCCAAGGGUUCUAAAGGGACUGGCUGGUUCAAAAGGAGAUAGAGGACUACCUGGAUUGCCUGGCAGUCCUGGUCUUCCUGGAGAGAUGGGGCUUCCUGGACUGCCAAGAUAUGGACCACAAGGAAUAAGAGGUUUCAAAGGCUCUAAAGGAAUGCCUGGUCCACCUGGGUUACCAGGAGAAGCUGGUCCGAAAGGAGAGACCACUGUGAUAACUCCACUGCCGGCCCUGGCAGGACCUCAAGGACCAGAUGGUUUACCUGGCCCCCCAGGAGUGCCUGGUAGGAUUGGAGCAAGAGGUCAGCGAGGUGAUUCAGGACAUCCAGGGCCAACAGGAGACACGGGCUUUCCAGGGCUUGGGUUUCCUGGAAACCCAGGUCCAAAAGGAGAUAAAGGACUUGCAGGAAGCAGAGGGUCACCAGGUUGUGAAGGAAAGAUUGGAGAUCCAGGCCGGGCUGGAAGUCUGGGACAACCAGGACAAAAGGGUGACCCAGGCAUGGUUAUUCCUGGAGAGCCAGGUAGACUGGGUUCACCAGGAGCUCAUGGCAGUCCUGGCUCAAAAGGUGAUAGAGGAUUUCCAGGACUUCCAGGCCUACCAGGGCGUGCUGGACACGAUGGUGAUGACGGCCUAAGAGGAGAUCGCGGCUCACCUGGAGUUCUUGGAGAUCCAGGUUUUCCAGGGAAACCUGCUGAAUGUCGCAUUGGCCUGCCAGGUUUGCAGGGUGGUCAAGGAGCUACAGGCCCACCAGGAGGAAGAGGUUUGCAAGGUUCAAAAGGAGAACUAGGUCUUCCUGGCUUGAGUAUCCCAGGAAUCUAUGGAGAGCCUGGGGAACCUGGAUUAAUCGGUCUGCAGGGCAGUGCAGGAUUACCGGGUCCCAAGGGGCAGCCUGGAAGGCCAGGAAUCUCUGGUGUGCCAGGUUCAAGGGGAGAUCCAGGUUUAAUGGGCCGGUUAGGAAUUCCUGGAGCCCCAGGCAUGGCUGGCAGACCAGGCAGCCCGGGUGUCAGAGGUUCUUCUGGCUUCCCAGGACUAAAGGGAAGAAAAGGAUUUCUUGGAGCAAAGGGCGAACCAGGUGAUAAAGGUUUUUCUGGACCAUCUGAGACCUUGGUUGGCAUCGGGGAUAAAGGAGAACGAGGCUUAAAAGGAGUUCAAGGAAGAAUGGGUCUAAAAGGAGAAAAAGGAAAUGCCGGUGUGCACGGUCCCCCAGGUGCUGAUGGGGCUGGAGGAAUGCCUGGGCUACCAGGUGUCAAAGGAUUUAUGGGUCUUCCAGGGAUUCCUGGAGGACAAGGAUUCCCAGGUGCACCAGGAAGCAAAGGGGACAUGGGAAUUCCAGGUCCAAAAGGACAGAAAGGAUCUCCAGGCUUUCCAGGACCAUCAGGUGACCCUGGCCUGCCGGGCUACAGUGGCUUUCCCGGUGACAAAGGAGAUCCUGGGUACCCGUCUCCUGGGCCUCCAGGAGAACCUGGUCCAAAGGUACAAAGGGAGAUCCAGGCCCCCCAGGACUUUUGGGCAGCAAAGGAGAAAAAGGAUCCCAAGGUCAUCCAGGCCGUAAAGGAAUACCCGGACCACAUGGGCUCAGAGGAGAGACUGGACGUGCAGGAAUCCCAGGGAAGCAUGGACCUCCUGGAGGUGUUGGUGCUAGAGGACAGCAGGGCUGCCCCGGACAGCAGGGCAUCGCUGGCCCCCCCGGGGCUGUUGGAAAACCUGGAAGAAAUGGACUUGCAGGCGACAGAGGUGACCAAGGUCGGAAUGGCAUGCCCGGUGCCCCAGGAGGGAAGGGAGAACCAGGAGCACCAGGGAGAGGAAUCCCUGGCCUUCGAGGUGCUCCUGGUCGUAGAGCAAGGUGGCUUUGGGGACUUCUCCAUGCCAAAAACAAAGGCUGAAUUCUACCUCUGUGGAAUCAAAGGGGACAUGGGCCUGCCUGGUUUUCCCGGGCCACCAGGUAUGAAAGGCCAUCAGGGCGACCAAGGGCCCGUUGGACCUCCUGGCCUAGUGGGAUUCCCUGGACUUCAGGGCACGACGGGCAUGGCAAUUCCUGGCCAGAAAGGGAACAGAGGUGUUGCGGGUGCUCCUGGCUUUCCAGGGCCUCCUGGUCUUCCCACACCCAGCAUGAAAGGAAGCAAAGGCGACAGAGGGGCAGAUGGCGUACCAGGGCCAACAGGCCCCAUCGGCGACACUGGUCCUCCGGGUCCAAAAGGAAUAGAAGGUCGAUCGGGUUAUCCUGGUGCUAGAGGGCACCCUGGGUUUCUUGGAUUCCCAGGCGUAAAAGGAGAAAAGGGUAAUCCAGGACCCACCGGACCACAAGGUGCAGCAGGGCCAAGGGGACCGAAGGGCCAGCAUGGUCUUCCUGGAGUCCCUGGGAAAAUAUUCUCUGUGCCAGGAAGCAAGGGUCCUCCUGGACUGCCAGGAAUCCCGGGAACACCAGGUGAUCAAGGAAUUCAGGGGAUUCCCGGACUACAAGGACCUAAAGGAGUAAAAGGUCUACCAGGAAGUUUUGGUCAUCCAGGUCAACGAGGACUGCCUGGUCCAAAAGGAGACCGGGGAUUUCCAGGACAAAGAGGACAGCCUGGACUGGUUGGCUUUCCAGGUCUCCAAGGGUUACCUGGAUCACCAGGUACUAUGAUUGCUGGUCCAACAAGAAAAGGUUUUAUCUUUACCCGGCACAGUCAGUCCACAAGCAUUCCUUCCUGCCCGCUUGGGACUGCGCAGAUCUACGUUGGCUACUCGCUGCUUUUUGUACAGGGAAAUGAACGAGCACACGGACAAGAUCUUGGAACAGCUGGCAGCUGCUUGCAGAGAUUCACCACCAUGCCAUUCUUAUUCUGUAGCACCAACGACGUGUGCAGCUUUGCUUCUCGCAAUGACUACUCCUACUGGCUGUCCACAGCAGCAGUGAUUCCGGCGGACAUGGCACCCAUUUCUGGCAGGGCACUAGAGCCCCAUAUAAGCAGGUGUGUUGUCUGCGAGGGAGCUGCAAUGGUCCUGGCAGUUCACAGCCAAACAACUCUAGUUCCUGCGUGUCCAGAAGGCUGGAUGUCUCUCUGGAAGGGCUUUUCUUUCGUUAUGUACACAAGUGCCGGCUCAGAAGCUUCUGGCCAAGCACUGGCGUCUCCCGGAUCUUGUCUGGAAGAAUUUCGAGCUAUCCCAUUCAUCGAGUGCCACGGCAGGGGGACGUGCAACUACUACUCGAAUUCCUACAGUUUCUGGUUGGCAUCAUUAAAUCCAAGAAGAAUGUUCAGGAGGCCUCUGUCACAGACUUUGAAAGCUGGAGAACUAGAAAAUAUCAUCAGCCGUUGUCAGGUCUGCAUGAAGAGACCACUCUAA